AUGACGGCUUGGAAUCGAAAGGUAUUCUACUUUGUUAAUAUAAUUAAGAAUGAUAAGCUAAAAAGGGGUUCUUUACCUCGUGUGACAAGUGAAGAAGGUCUUUGUUCUACAGAUUAUAUUACCGACAAAAAUUCAUUAAAAAAGCAUGUCGAUAUUCUCGGAAACAAGGACGGAUCAUACCAACAAAGUUCUUUUAAUUCAUUGGUACCAAAUCUCGUGGAACCUUCUCCUAAAGAAUUAAAGCAUAAUUCAAACAAUCGUCGCUCAAUAUGUGGAAAUAAGUCAAAUUUGGAAGAAAUUAACAUUUUUUCUCCAAAAAAGCGUCCCCGUCAAAAUUUGGUAAAGACUCCUUCAGUAGAUAUGGUUGCAAAUUCCAUGGCAAAGCGUGUUGACAAAUGCAUCGAGUUCAUUGAACAUACAACGAGUAAGCGGACAAGUGAAAUUAAUAUCGCCAUUCGAAAAGUUUUAAAAGAGAAUGAAGGACUAGUUGACAGGACAGAGAAAUUAGCACUCAAGAUGAGAGGCGAGGACGAGAGAAUGCGAGUACUAAUUGUUGCUAAUGGUUUAUCAGAUAUCGUCGUCUAUUUUAUUAAAUAA